CCCUGUCACGAGGUUUGAGUCUCAUCCACCAGGCCGCUCACUCUAUCGUUAGUCACAGGCAACGUUAACGAUGAGUGGUGCCAUGAAUUUCAAAAACUGCGGCUCUCUGCUGGUAACAGGAGCCAACCGGGGGCUCGGGCUGCAGAUCGUCGACAGUCUGGCGAGGGGAGGUUUCUCACCGGCCAAGAUUAUAGCCACGACCAGAACCCCCGCGAGUGCACAGAAACUUCAGGAACUGGCAGACAAACAUCCCAACAUCCAUAUAGUUACUUUGGAUGUGGUGAGCCAGGAGAGCAUAGAGAAAUGUGUAGAAGAGGUGGGCCAACUGGUACAAGAGGAGGGUCUGAACUGCCUAAUAAACAAUGCAGGGAUCAAUGUGGUGGCUGACUUUCAUACUGUUACUGCAGAGAAGAUGAUAGAAAACUUCCACACCAAUGCUGUGGCUCCUCUAAUGAUCACCAAGGCUUUCCUGCCUCUGCUAAAACAAGCUGCGUCCAGGGGACAAGCAGGUGGCUCAGGGAGCAUGGGCAUCCAGAGGGCAGCAGUUAUUAACGUGACCUCCCUGCUGGGCUCUGUGGAACUCAACUGGGGGGAGAGAGCAAACAACUUCAAAUGGUACCCCUACAGGACGUCCAAGAGUGCCCUAAACAUGGUGACUCGCUGUAUGGCUGUAGACAUGGAGCCUGAUGGGAUUCUCUGUAUGGCUAUACACCCAGGCUGGGUCCGCACUGACAUGGGGGGGUCUGAGGCUCCAUUGAGUCCAGAGGAGAGCAUUUCUUCCAUAUUGUCUGUGAUUGGAGGACUGACUGAAAAGGAUCAUGGGUCUUUUCUGAACUUUACAGGAGAGGUGUUGCCCUGGUGAUCCUGAUCAUCACAGUGAUGAGUGGGAUGAUUAUUAGCACUAUUAACUUAUGGCUAUUUAGUCAGUGAUAUCAUCUUUGACUAGAUGAAGGUAUCAAUGGCUCAGAGUGCACAGUGUUAUUUCUUAAUUUAGCUCUAUCUGCCAGACAAACUCAUAUAUUUCACCUAAAUGCAACUUAAUUAUAGGAGAGCAAUAAUGUUCAAUAAGUUGUAAAGAGAUGACACAAGUAGAUGGGUGGGGUGUGCUGUGUAGCUUGCCUUUUAGACUACAUAAUGUACACUGUAUAUUGUAUGCUAUAUCUAAGCUGUGUUCAAAUGUAAAUAAAAAUUAUUUUUCCUUGA